AUGGAGGAACGAACAAACAACAAUUCACCUGUUGAAUCGUCUGAUUUAAUUCAAAUUAACGUUGGUGGGGUCAAGCACGAAGUUCUCCGAUCAACAUUGCAACGAUUCCCUGGAACUAAACUAGCAAAUCUGAGCAACGACAAUGCACGUAAAGGAAGUGACUUCAUAGUCUCACGGGGUGAAUUUUAUUUUGACCGACAUCCGGGUAUCUUUACAACAAUCCUGAACUGUUAUAGGACAGGAGAAUUGCAUAUGGACAGAAACGCAUGCGGGUGUGCUCUGGCUCAUGAACUAGAAUUUUGGGGCAUCAAUGAAGUAGCUUUCCAGAAAUGUUGCACGACAAAGUACAUGGAGUCCGAAUAUAUGAAAACACAACUGACUCUAUUUGAGAAAACGUUCAGUUCAGAACAGUCGCACUAUAACCGUGAGCCUGGAUGUGGAAAACUCCAGGAAAAAAUCUGGGCAUUUCUCGAUAAUCCAUUUUCUUCCGUUCCAGCGAAGGCGUUUGGUGUUUGGACUGUACUAAUGAUUGUUCUCUCCAUCAUCACACUUUGUCUUGAAACGGUCGAUGGUUUAAAAGAGGAAAUAGGACCACCUGAAAUCUCUAAAAUUACGGGGAUUCAGGAAGGUGUACUUCGUAGCAAUUACUCCGUGGUCAUCCACGAAGGGCUUAAUAACAACCAAACAGGGACAGUCUCUUGGUGGAUCACAGACCCGAUGGAUUCAAACAACUCCAAAAAGGUUAUACAUAUCGGCGAACAUUUUCACGUUCCAAAUUCAUUUCUUAUCUACAUUGAUUAUGUGUUGUUUGCUUACUUUAGCCUGGAACUCGUCACUAGGUUCAUUUUCUCACCACACAAAGGGCGUUUCUGGCUGAGUUUCUAUACAUUCUGUGAUGUCAUCGCACUAAUACCAGGGGUCGUUUUAUACGUUACAAAUUUUGUCCACCCCGUGAAUAAAUUAAAAACAUCAACACUUGAUAUUGUCCGAGCCUUAGGAACCGCCCGAAUCCUGAGGCUCCUGAGAUUUAUGAGAUUUUCCAUGGCAUGUAAGUUGCUGUUAUACACAUUAAUGGCAAGCAUCAAAGAAAUAUUUCUCAUGCUUGGACUACUUUUACUCGGAGCAAUUACCUUUGCAUCGCUCGUGUACUUCGGGGAACUCAUUUCUGACUCGGAUGAAGUUUUGAUAACAAACAUUCCAAUUGGCAUAUGGUACGCUAUGGUUACCAUGACAACUGUAGGAUACGGCGAUUUCUACCCAAAGAGUAUCGGAGGAUAUAUCGUAGGAAGUGGAUGCGUCAUUUGUGGUGUACUCGUCAUCGCCUUUACUGUACCUGUAAUCGUCAACAACUUUCUGAUGUUUUAUGCGCACGCAUCAUCGAUGGACAAAAAAUCCGAACGACCUUUUAAGAAUCGAAAUAGGGAUGAUAAACAACAAAUAGAUUAGUCUGAAACAAGAAAUCAUUUAAAAAAAAUGAAGGCUCGUGUGAAGGAGAUGUUUGCAGUGUUGUAAUGAAUUGUAUUGA